UUAGAUUCCUCACCUUCUCGCUUCAAUGUCUCUCGUCGCCUCAUUUCUUGCGAGUUUCCAUUCAGUGAAAGCAAUCUCCUGUAACGUAGUAAACAAAGUCUAGGGCUUCCUCCCCCCUUUCCGCAGCCUCAGUCGUCAGCAUUAGGAAUAUUAACAUCACACCAGACGCGGCGUCGCAGAGGCUGACUCGCUUCCAUUCCCGUGGAGGCACGCUCGCCAUGGGACGGUCCAUCGCCAGCACGGGCACGGGCAGCGCGGAAAUCCGCCUUUGGCUCGGCGCGCUGUUCGUGCUGACGUGUAUCACCGCGAUUUCCCCAGUCCGCUGUGUGCCCGACGCCGCCUCCCAAAUGCAACUCCUGCUGGACUUCCAGCAGGCGUGGGGGCGGACUUUCGCUGGGUGGGUGGCUGGGGGAAACUGCAGCACUGCGGAGCACGUGACGUGCGAUGCGCAGGGCAUGAUCACUGGCGUGAGUUUAAGCUACAAAAACUUAACUGGAUCAAUUCCGAGAGGCAUCGCAAGCAUGAGCAGCCUAACACACUUGGAUCUCUUUGGAAACCAUCUCAGCGGCUGGAUACCAUCAAGAAUUGGUGGUCUCCUUGAUCUUCGCUAUUUAGAUCUGGCUAGGAAUGCUCUGACUUGGUCUAUUCCGUCUACCAUUGGCAAAAUGACCCGCCUCACUUACCUGAGUCUAAGUUCGAACUUCCUCUCGCAGACCAUCCCAGAUUCCCUGGGGAACCUCUUCAGCUUGCAGAAGUUAUGGCUCUACAACAACAGUUUAAGUGGCAGCAUUCCCGACUCCAUCAGCAAGCUCGUAAAUCUCUCAGUACUCCAAAACAAUCUCACCGGCCACCUCCCUCCAACAGUGGGCAGCUCUACUCGUCUUUCAUACCUGUACAUAAAUGACACUGCAAUCGAAUGCCCACUGAACUACAGCAGCUGUGUGAUCCCACAGGACAACUCAACCGCUUUCUGCCGGCAGUGCCUUGACUUCUGCAACACAUGUGCCAUGUCAUCACCCUCCUCUGCUCCACCCUCCACUGAACCGCCAUCUGCUCCACCCUCGCCCACCCAAAUGCAACUCCUGCUGGACUUCAAGCAGGCGUGGGGGCGGACUUUCGCUGGGUGGGUGGCUGGGGGAAACUGCAGCAGUGCGGAGCACGUGACGUGCGAUGCACAGGGCAUGAUCACCAGCAUGGAUCUAGAUCGCCAGGGCUUAACCGGAUCCAUCCCAUCUUCUGUGGGCAGCAUGGUCAGCCUGACUUACCUAGAUCUCUUUGGGAACAGUCUCGGUGGCUCGAUACCCUCAGCGAUCGCCUAUCUUCUCAAUCUGCACUAUUUAGAUCUGGGAAGUAAUGAUUUGACUGGGUCUAUUCCAUCUACCAUCGGCAGCAUGAGAAGCCUCACUUACCUGCGUGUAAGCUGGAACUCACUCUCACACACCAUCCCAGGGUCUCUUGGAAACCUCAUCAACCUGCAAAAAUUAUACCUUUACAGCAACAACUUGAGUGGCAGCAUUCCUGAGUCCAUCAGCAAGCUCGUAAAUCUCACGGAAUUGGAUGUCAGCCAAAACAAUCUCACCGGCCAGCUCCCUCCAACAAUGGGCAGUCUUACCCAUCUUUCAAAACUGAACACAUCAGGAAAUGCACUCACAUGCCCACCGGACCACAGCGCCUGUGUGGUCCUACAGGAAACUUCCACCGCUUUCUGCCGGCAGUGCCAAUCUUUCUGCAACUCAUGUGACAUGGCACCACCCUCUGCUCCAACCUCCUCUGCUCCACCCUCUGCUCCACCCUCCACUGCUACACCCUCUGCUCCACCCUCUCCUCCACCCUCCUCUGCUCCACCCUCCUCUGCUCCACCCUCCUCUGCUCCACCCUCCUCCGCUCCACCCUCCUCUGCUCCACCCUCCUCUGCUCCACCCUCCUCCGCUCCACCCUCCUCUGCUCCACCCUCCUCUGCUCCACCCUCUGCUCCACCCUCGUCCGACCAAAUGCAACUCCUGCUGGACUUCCAGCAGGCGUGGGGGCGGAAUUUCGCUGGGUGGGUGGCUGGUGGCAGCUGCAGCACUGCCGCGCAUGUGGAGUGCGAUGCACAGGGCAUGGUCACCAGCAUGAACUUGGAGUCAAGCAACUUAACAGGAUCAAUCCCUGGAGACAUUGGAAGCUUAAGCAGCCUGACAUACCUGAAUCUCUUUGGGAACUAUCUCAGAGGCUCGAUACCCUCAAGCAUUGCUGGUCUCCUCGAACUGUGCUACCUGGACCUUGGAAUUAAUGCCUUGACUGGGCCUAUUCCGUCUUCCAUUGGCAGCAUGAGCAGCCUCACUUACUUGAGUCUACAAUCUAACUUCAUCUCACAGACCAUCCCGGGGUCCAUUGGAAACCUCAUCAACUUGAGGAAAUUGUACCUCGGUAACAACAGCUUAAGUGGCAGCAUUCCUGAAUCCAUCAGCAAGCUCGUAAACCUCUCAAGUCUUUUUGUCAGCCUAAACAAUCUCACUGGCCAGCUUCCCCCAACAAUUGGCAGCCUUACCCGUCUUUCAGCCCUGGACAUCUCUGCAACAGCAAUCACGUGCCCACCUGACUACAGCAGUUGUGUGGUCCCACAGAAGACUUCAAGCGCUUUCUGCAGCCAGUGUUCAGAUUUCUGCUCCACUUGUAGCAAGCCACCACCCACCACCACACCCUCUCCAUCUACUCUCACUUCCACUCCUAGUCAACCCGCAGCCUCUCCCUCCCAGUCUGGAGGUGGUUUAUCCACUGGAGCUAUUGCUGGCAUUGCUGUUGCUGGCGGUGUGGUUGUCCUCGUGCUGCUGGGUCUAAUGCUGGGCAAACGAUGGUGCACAAAAGGGGCAGCAGCAAGAGGAAUUGCUGGAACGGAUGUGGAGGGCAAAGACUUGGCACCAGAAUGUGCUCUCCAAGGCAAGUCCUUUCAAAUGCACACAGUCCAAUGCUUCCCACUGGAUGCACCCUCUGUUCUUAAAAUCCUGUUCUCUAUCAGCUAGCCUUAUGAAGGGCUAGGCAGGCAAGGGGCAACAAGUCAAGGUACGUGCAUGUUUAAGGGCUCGAAACUACUCGAGCUCCCCUAGGGGCUCUGCUAUGGCAAAGCAGUCCCCAGGUGCCAUGUCGGCGUCAGGGGUGCCCACUGGGGUGUGGGGGGCCGGGGAGGCUUCAUUAACUUUCCCCAGGUAAGCCAAGGCCUGUGCCCGCUGCAGCGUCACUGACCAGCGCUGGCGAAACUGGUGGAGCAGUUUCGCUGCCUGGUAGGAGCUGGGGUCUGCAUUGAAAAGUCUCCUGGCCCCUGUGUCAGCCAGCAGCUUCAAGAAGGUAGGGACCUCGGCGCAGGGGCAGCCGUAUGUCUCGACUGCCAGUGGGAAAAAUCCGACAUAGGGAGCCCGAUUUCGGUAAUGGGAGAUUUUCUUGUCAGCUUGUUCCCGGGCCAUGUAUCCGCGUCCUUUUCUUGCGUCCGGGUCCCGGCUGCUGAUGGGAUCUGUGACAGUGACGUCACAGAUCCAGACAGCUCCGGAACUGCGGUCUCGGAGGGCGAGGUCGGCCUUGUGGCCGUCUACGGGGCUGUAGAUGGUGGUCUCCUUGGUGACUAUAAAGUCAGCAUCUCGGGCCAUCCGUAUGCUCUCGUCCCGCAGGGCAUUAUGGGUGUCAGUCCGUCCGUGCCCGGUGCCACACCGGAGCAGGUGGUUGGGCAGCCUGGUGUCGAGGAUUUCGAAUUCCUCGGCGCAGUUGCAAGUGCGGGGGGCUGGGAAUGGAAGGCCGAGGCGGAAGGCCAGGGCAAUGGCGAAGUGUGGAGCU